AAAUAAACAAGAUUUUAUUAGAUUACCUAAAUUGAACCAAACAACCAAUGGUUAUGUUUCAUUCCCUAUAACCUUGGUUAUGUGAUUACUUGGUAAUCAUAUAACCAAUGUUAUAUGUCAUAACUUGAACCAAAUGUGCCCUUAGCAUUAUCAGACACUCAGAUCACUUUUGAGCACCCUGCGUGAGUUGGCUCUCUUAGUUGGAUACGAGAGGUGUUAGAAGAGGUUCUAGAUGUCCGGACCUAUAAGAGUCGCCUAAGAAUAUGCAUGAGAUAAUUGAAGUAAUUUUUAUUGUAUAUUGUAGUAAUGAAAAAUUGAUAUUUUUAAGAUGGAAAUUAUUUACAAAUGUUUUUUAAAUGAAAUACUUUUUUAAUAAUAACAAAAAAAAUAGCACUAUUUGCAUCAACAAAUUAAGGAAUACAAUUUUCUAUAUUUGAAUGGAGAGUAUUUUUUUCAACCGAUUUAGUUGAGUCCUAAUCCGAGCGAGUUAAACCAACUCGAACGAGUAUCCCUUCCUCCUCGUGAAAACCCCAGAUCGGACCCCCAUCGACCGCUGAGAUGUGGCGACGAAGCAUCCAGACGUUGGGACGAUGCUCCGCCAGCAGCGACGCCGCCGCCCUGCUCUGGCGCUCCCUCGACCGAAGAUCCCUAUCCUCCGAAGCCACCUCCUCCGUCGACUCCAUCAUCCUCCGCUCCCUCAAGGAGCACUACUUCCAGGUCUCCAAGAUGACUCCGCCGCCGAAAGUAAAUCCACCGGCGGGUUACUCCAUCGUGAAGAGCGCGCUGGACCGCGACGGCCCCGUCCUCCGCAGAACCUGCAAGGAGGAGGAGAUAUCGAUAUCCGUGAUGCGACUUGCAAACAUCCUGCCUUCUGGCGCCGCUGAUGAUAAAGGCGAUAACUCGAUUAGCCUGUUCCUCCACGUCGAUGUGUCCAAGCCCGGGCAGGAGAAGUCGAUUCAGUUCCUUUGCGGGUUGUAUCCAGAUGCCGUCGGGAUCCACUCCGUGAGCCUGCGACCCAAGGUCGCCGGCACGAGCAAUAUGACCAAGUUCGAGGGUCGCGUGUUUCAGGAGCUAGAUCUAAAGAUCAGGAAUGCAUUCCAUAUCUUCAUACAUACACGCGGUGUCGACGAGAAGCUUUUCCCAUUCCUGCAAGCAUGGCUAUAUGUUAAAGACCAUAGAACCCUCAUGCGCUGGUUCAAGAGCGUGGGCUCGUUUAUGAAUCAACCGAAACCUGCUUGACCGAUAAAUUUCUUGCUAAUGGUAAUGUUUUUGUUGUUCUAUACAAUGUACCGUCUGUUCUAUUAUUGCAAAUGCUUGUUUCCAGUGAGCGAAAUGAGGCACAUAUAGGCUGUUAUUUUCUUUUUAUUUGCAAAUUAACUAAAUAGGUUAUGCGAUCUGUAGUUUGAUACUUUUCAGUUUGUAAGAACUUGGAAGAAAACUUCAUCCCCAA